ACAACUCAAAAUUACACUGUCGGCUUGUUAUGAAGCUUUACAAAGCGAAAUAAUAUUUGGGGAAACUAUUUUAAUUUCAGGGCUUUGUUUUUAAAUUAGAGAGCGCCUAAAACAAUACACUAAUUUCCUAAACAUAUUUUACAAUAUGGGUCAGGCAUUACGUCGAGCAUCUGGUAAGCUAAGAACUUCCGCCGGCGAUAAGUCUCCGGCGCCGCCUCAGAUCAAGAAUCCGGUGGGUCCCACUCCACCGGCGGUUCCCUUCGACAAGGUCUCCGGUGGUAGCGACGGUCCUGAUAAAAUUAAUCAAGAUGGUGCAUCCAAAAUUAAUGCUGACAACAUGCUCGAAGAAAAAGAUCCACAGUAUGAUGCCAUGCUCAGUCAUAUGGUGGGUAGAAUCCAAUCCAAGUCUGGAGGGAAAUCUGAGAUGGGUGAGGCAUUUGUAGUGGAGAGGUAUAGUAGACCCACACCAAAACUUAGGAGUACUAAAGCAGGCGGUGCUGACAGAUUUGAGGAAAGGCCGGCUCCUUCAGGAACCUUAAAUAUAUCUCAAGUACGCCAGAUUGUCCAGCUGCAUCAAGGGAAGUCCACUGAGCACAAUGGGCCUAUGAAUAUUCAACAAAUUGCUGAGAAGUUUCGCAUUGAUGCUGCACAAGUCGAGAGGAUUCUUCAGUUCAUAUCAUUGCCCCCAGAAGAUAACAGUAAGCAGACAAAGAAUCAACAAUGACAGUAUAUCAGAGAUCUUUACCUUGCUAACUUCAAGUUUUGACACAUGAGAGAUAGAUUGCACUAGUUGUAUUAAAGAGUUUGUUGGAACCAGGAGACUUAUGUUUGUAAUAAAUAAUUGUACAUUUUGAGUGUAAUUGCCCUCAAGUCGAAGGUUGCCUCCGGUACACUUCACAGCUAGUGAUUGGAUUCUUCUUUACAUGUUUAUCAGUUGAAUUCAAUCAAUUAAAUUUUCAUCCGGAAUC